UUUUCAGUCACUGGGUACAUCCAAGGAUGCAGCGCAUAUUCCUUGUUCUUCUACUGGUGAUCUGCACAGUAUUCGCUCGACCGUCAUCAGAAGGACAGUAUUUGUCGCCUGCUGACUACAGACUACUAAAUGACGCUCUUCUCAUAGAUCAAGAGAUUGCACGAGAGAUGUACCGAAGACUGAAUGCAGAGCCAAAAUCACGGUUGCGACGAAGGGCAAACGCUUUGGAGACAAAAAGCAAGAGGGUUAGGAUCGGCGGAAACAUUGUGAUGGGACGGAAGAAAUGAAGCUAUAUGAAGUACAUUCAAAAGCAUCCGCUAAGGAUUCCGCUAUCUACAAUCAACAAAAACCUUGAGAGUAGUCGCUAGAAAGUCUCCUAUCGCGAUAUUCCAACAACGACGUCAGCAUAUUCUACUUUCAUACAACAACAUAUGAUCUCGCUAGAAUUUUAACUCGACAUAGCAAUCAUCGAGAUUCUUAGAUUGCAGCACUUUUGCUUCUAUUUCCAAGUCCUAUAUUAUUCCGUGCUACGAUUGAGAUCUACAUAAGCAGAUUCUUCAUGUCAAAGUCCUCAUCUUCACCCAGAUCUCUGCAGAUACCUUGCUUCAUUCG